CUCUCGGUUCUUGCUCCAAUUCUGAUUGCUGCAUUCUGACUCCUGGCUCAUCGUCUCCUGCAGCUGGACGCACUUCCAGGCCCCGUGAGAUUGAACCCGCAACCUUGGUGUAUUGGGACAACGCUCCAACCAACUGAACUACCUGGACAAGGUUAGACUAUAUCCUUCAAAGGUGAUGGAAGAUCUAGAGGAAACAUUUGAAGAACUGGAGAACUACUCCUAUUCCUUGGACUAUUCCUCCCCAGCGUCUCCUUUGGAAGAGAAAGCCCCCCUGGAAGUUGCUCACUGGGUCUCCCUGGUGUUGUACUGCUUAGCAUUUGUUCUGGGCAUUCCAGGAAAUGCCACUGUCAUUUGGUUCACGGGUUUCAAGUGGAAGAAGACAGUCACCACUUUCUGGUUCCUCAAUCUGGCUGUGGCGGAUUUCAUUUUCCUUCUCUUCCUGCCCCUCUACAUCUCCUAUGUGGCCAUGAAUUUCCACUGGCCCUUUGGCCUCUGGCUGUGCAAGGCCAAUUCCUUCAUUGCCCAGUUGAACAUGUUUGCCAGUGUUUUUUUCCUGACGGUGAUCAGCCUGGACCGCUACAUCCAGCUGGUCCAUCCUGUGGUAGCUCAUCGGCACCGCACGCUAAGGAACUCCCAGAUUGUUACUGUGCUCGUGUGGCUUUUGGCUUCUCUAAUCGGUGGUCCUUCCCUAUACUUCCGGGAGACUGUGGAGGUGAAUAACCACAUUUUUUGCUACCACAAUUUCCACGAGCAUGACUCUGACCUCGCUUUGAAGAGGCACCAUGUCCUGACCUGGGUGAAAUUUGUUAAUGGGUACCUUACCCCUUUACUUACAAUGAGCAUUUGCUAUUUGUGUCUCAUCUUAAAGGUGAAGAAGCAAAGCAUCCUGGUCUCUAACAGGUAUUCCUUGACCAUCCUAGCUCUGGUCCUGGCCUUUUUGAUUUGCUGGACGCCUUAUCACAUAUUUAACAUUUGGGAGCUCAUGGUACACCACGGUGGCCACUACCACCAGGUGCUGCGGGCCGGCCUCCCCCUCUCCACCGCUUUGGCAUUCCUCAAUAGCUGCUUGAAUCCCAUCCUUUAUGUUCUAAUUAGUAAGAAGUUCCAAGCGCGCUUUCGAGCCUCGGUUGCCGAGAUACUGAAGUACACGCUGUGGGAAGUCAGCUGCUCUGGCACGGUGGGCGAGCAGCUUAGGAGCUCUGAAACCAAGAAGUCGGGUCUCCAGGAAACAGCUCAGUGAAAUCCUUCUCUCCCACAAAUCGGCAUAAGGCUUUCGUGUGGGUCCCCUGACAGAUGCUUUCAGAUGGUUUGGUUCCAAGAUACAGAGCUGACCGUAGCUUUCUGUUGUUGUUUUUGGUCAGUUUGUUAGCAUCACAUUUUUGUGUGGAUAUAAAAUGAAGGAAAGAUCUCCAUUUUUUUUCACCUGCAACUUAUACUACGUGUCAUUCUUGCUAAUUAUACCAUAGUGGAUUAAUGACCACUGUGGAGGCGAGAUCAGUUAUUAUUUUAAAAAUCUUAAUAACUUUCUCUAAGUCCUAAAUCUUAAUAUUAAAUAUGUGAUCAACGCAUUUUGAAAAAUGGAAAAUUAAAUUUGCUUAAGUUCACUUUAAUUUAACCUAUUAGACAAAUUCUUAAAAUGCAACGUACGUGUACUUCUUUAUUUCAUGUAACCUUUGUAUAUACAUUUAUGAAUUAAACUAAUAGUUGGUUAUAGUAGUUUAAAACAUUCUUCCAGUUGGUUCUUAAUAAAUUAUCUUUAUUGUUGAAAGUAUUACAGAUGCUGCCUCCCCACCCAGCCAGUUGGUUAUUAAUGCUUCGUAAACUGCCCCCAAAUCUAGUUGCUUAAAACAACAAUUUAGUAGUAUUACAUCUCACAAUUCAGAGCCAGGAAUCCAAACAAAGCACAAAAGAGAGGGUCCUCUCUGCUUCACAGUGUCUGGAGCCUCAGCUGGACUGGGAAUACCCAAAU